GAUAUUAGAUGUAUUGAAAAAACACGUGUUAUUCUAAAAAAUGUUGACGUACGAGCUAAUUAUAUUCAUGCUAAUUUUAUUCAUUCUGGGAAACGUAAAAAACGUUUCAUUUGUACGCAGGCACCGUUAGAAAUAACAAUUGAGGAUUUUUGGCGAAUGAUAUGUCAAACACAAUGUGAAUAUAUUGUUAUGUUAUGUGAUUUUAUUGAAAAUAAUAUGUCAGUUUGCGCUGAUUAUUGGCCACGUGAAGAAGGACAACGUGCCGAAUAUGGUGAUACAGAAGUGAGAAAUUGUGAAAUUAAAAAGAUAGAAAUACAAGAAGAUAAUGUGAAUUAUACAGCAAUUGAAAGUAAACUUCGAAUUAUUUCACGAUUAGGACUUUAUAAUUGUACGCAUUUUUACUGGCCUGAAUGGACUGAUCAAAUGCCGCCACCAUCAUUUGAAAUGAUACAACGGAUUGCAAAAGAAAUUAGGCAUUCAAGGUAUAUUUUUUUGCAUUAA